GGCGGCUGCCGCUACUAGAGAGAGUGGGAGAGAGAGGGAGGGGAGCGGGAGGAGGGAAACGAGAGAAGGGGUAGGGGUGUUUCUUCGUGCCACGCGCGGCUCCCGUCGUUAGGGGUCGCCCUGGGAAGGGGUGCGAGACGUGUGCGCGUGGGUGUACGUGUGUGUUUGUGUGAGUGUGUAGGCAGUCGUGUAGCUGUGGGAGUGGGUCACGCUCGGAGCCCGCGCGCCGCCGGAGGAGGAGCCCGGAGAGCGAGGCAGGCAGGGAGCGCGCGAGCCCGCCGAGGCCCGCCCGGGAUGGAGAACGCAGCGCGAGCGAUGUGACUCUCCCCACCCCGCCCCCCAACCUCCCUCCCCUUCUCCUCCUCCUCCUCCUCCUCCUCUUCCUCCUCCCCUCCCUCCCUUCCCCCUUCCCAUCCCGGCCCCGGCCGAGGGGACCCAGCAGCGGUGGCGGCAGCCGAGGAGACAGAGCCAGUGAGGGAGGAGGCAGCCGCUGUGACCGGGCAUGGUGGUCUGGGGCAGAGCGAAAGAAACUCCAGCAUGAGGCGAGGUGGAUGGAGAAAACGAACUGAAAAUGAUGGCUGGGGGAAAUGGGGUGGGUACAUGGCUGCAAAGGUCCAGAAAUUGGAGGAACAGUUCCGAUCAGAUGCCACUUUGCAGAAGGAUGGAACACCAUCUACGAUUUUUAAUGGAGUAGCUAUCUAUGUCAAUGGCUACACAGAUCCUUCUGCUGAGGAAUUGAGGAAGCUGAUGAUGUUACAUGGAGGCCAGUACCAUGUAUAUUAUUCCAGAUCUAAAACAACACAUAUUAUUGCCACAAAUCUCACUAAUGCCAAAAUAAAAGAACUAAAAGGUGAAAAAGUCAUUCGACCUGAGUGGAUUGUGGAAAGCAUUAAAGCUGGCCGUCUCCUGUCAUACAUUCCAUAUCAACUCUAUACCAAGCAGUCCAGUGUUCAGAAAAGUCUCAACUUUAAUCCCAUAUGCAAGCCUGAGGAUCCCAUGCCAGGUCCAAGCAAUAUAGCGAUAGAGCUCAACAACAGGGUAAAUCAGAUAAUCAAGAAGUAUGAGACAGAAAAUGAGAUCAAAGUCAAUGGUAUGAACAGUUGGAAUGAAGAAGAUACAAGUGAUGAUUUUCCGCUUAUGGAGCUGGAGCAGAUUUUUCCCGGGAAGAAACAAAAUGGAAUUCAGCAUUCCCGAGACAACACACCCAUUCUCAAUGGACAUACUCUCAGCUCUAAUGGUGCCUUAAAGACUAAGGAUUGCUUGGUGCCCUCGGGCAACAGUGUUGCAGACAGGCUUUCUCCAGGCCCUUUGUCUGAGGAGAAGACUGAAAAAGGCAACAUUGAUUUUAGAGACUGCACUAUGCAGCAGUUGCAUCAAAGCAACAGAAACAUAGACAUUUUGUGGAAUCCACACAGGACUAUGAGUAAUUCAUUCUCAUCGUCAUCUUUGCACAGUCAUACUAAAAUAAAUGGUGCUCACCACUCCACUGUUCAGGGGCCUUCAAGCACAAAAAGCACUUCAGUACCUGCUGUUAGCAAGGCGGCUUCCUCAGCGCUGUCCAAACCUUCAGACUGCAAUUUCAUUUCAGACUUUUAUUCUCGUUCAAGACUGCAUCACAUAUCAAUGUGGAAGUGUGAAUUGACUGAGUUUGUUAACACCUUACAAAGACAAAGUAGUGGUGUCUUUCCAGGAAGGGAAAAAUUAAAAAAAAUGAAAGCAAGCAGGUCUGCCCUUAUAAUAACUGAUGCAGGCAAUAUGUCUGUAUUGAAUCCAUCCAGACAUCAGAGCUGUAUAAUGCAUGUUGAUAUGGAUUGCUUCUUUGUGUCAGUGGGUAUCCGAAAUAGACCAGAUCUCAAAGGAAAGCCAGUAGCUGUUACAAGUAACAGAGGUACAGGAAGGGCACCCUUACGCCCUGGAGCUAACCCCCAGCUGGAAUGGCAGUAUUACCAGAAUAAAAUACUGAAAGGCAAAGCAGCAGAUAGAGUUCCUGAUGUGCCAGAUUCAUCACUAUUGGAAAAUCAGGAUUCUGCACAGACAAAUGGAAUUGACUCUGUUUUGUCCAAGGCUGAAAUUGCAUCUUGUAGUUAUGAAGCCAGACAAGUUGGCAUUAAAAAUGGAAUGUUUUUUGGUCAAGCCAAACAAUUAUGUCCAAAUCUUCAAGCUGUUCCAUAUGAUUUCCAUGCUUACAAAGAAGUUGCUCGGACAAUGUAUGAAACAUUAGCAAGCUAUACUCAUAACAUUGAAGCUGUCAGUUGUGAUGAAGCACUAGUAGAUAUCACUGAAAUCCUUGCAGAGACCAGACUUACUCCUGAUGAAUUUGCAAAUGCAAUCCGAACUGAAAUCAAAGACCAGACUAAAUGUGCUGCUUCUGUUGGGAUGGGUUCCAAUAUUCUGCUGGCCAGAAUGGCAACAAGGAAAGCCAAACCAGAUGGACAAUAUCACUUAAAGCCAGAGGAAGUGGAUGAUUUUAUUAGAGGACAGCUAGUUACCAGUCUGCCUGGAGUUGGCCGAACAAUGGAAUCCAAAUUAGCAUCUUUGGGAAUUAAAACUUGUGGAGACCUGCAAUAUAUAACGAUGUCAAAACUACAGAAGGAAUUUGGCCCAAAGACAGGCCAGAUGCUUUAUAGGUUCUGCCGUGGUUUGGAUGAUAGACCGGUUCGAACAGAAAAAGAAAGAAAAUCUGUCUCAGCUGAGAUCAACUAUGGAAUCAGAUUUACCCAGCCAAAGGAAGCAGAAGCUUUUCUUCUGAGUCUUUCAGAAGAGAUUCAGCGAAGACUUGAAGCUGCUGGCAUGAAGGGUAAACGACUAACUCUGAAAAUCAUGGUCCGAAAGGCUGGGGCUCCUGUAGAAACAGCCAAGUUUGGGGGCCAUGGAAUUUGUGACAAUGUUGCCAGGACUGUCACACUUGACCAGCCAACAGAUAGUGCAAAAAUAAUUGGAAAAGCAACAUUAAAUAUGUUUCAUACAAUGAAAUUGAACAUAUCAGAUAUGAGAGGGGUUGGAAUUCAAGUGAAUCAGUUGGUUCCUAUCAAUAAAACAUCUUCAGGUUGCUCUACCCACCCAUCCAUGCAGUCUAGCCGUUUGCCAGGUGGAUCACAUUCUGUCAUUGAUCUUUUUCAAGUUCAAAAAGCUAAGAAAUCCACUGAAGAAGAGCAUAAGGAAAUAUUUGUGGCUGCAAUGGAUCUUGAAAUAUCAUCUGCCUCUCGAACGUGCACUUUUUUGCCAUCUUGUACCACACAUCUGGCACCCAGUCCAGUUGCCAGUAAAACUGAGCCUUCAGUGAAAUGGAAUGGGCUCCAUUCUCCUGUCAGUGUGAAAUCCAGACUUAACCUAAGCAUAGAAGUACCCUCCCCUUCCCAGCUAGAUCAGUCUGUUUUAGAAGCACUUCCAUCUGAUCUUCGACAACAAGUAGAGCAAAUAUGUGCCAUUCAGCAAGGAGAGACACAUGUGGAGAAAAAGAAGGAACCAGUAAAUGGUUGUAACACUGGAAUUUUGCCACAACCAGUUGGAACAGUUUUGUUACAAAUACCAGAUCUUCAAGAAUCGAAUAGUGACAGUGGAAUCAAUGUUAUAGCCCUACCAGCAUUUUCGCAAGUGGACCCUGAGGUGUUUGCAGCACUUCCUGCUGAACUUCAAGAGGAGCUGAAAGCCGCAUAUGAUCAAAGACAAAGACAACUAGAGAACUCCACGUAUCAGCAGCCAGCCAAUUCAUUUGUAUCAAAGAAUCCUUUAUUACAACUAAAACAAACAGUAGUAAAAGAUAAGAAGAAAAGCAGGAAAAAAACAGUCAGUCCCAUGAAAAAGGUCCAGAGUACUUUGAACAACAAGCUGCUCAGCAGUCCAGCUAAAACGCUGGCAACACAUACUGGAAGCCCUCAGAAGCUGAUAGAUGGCUUUUUGAAACAAGAAGGUCCAGCUUCCGCUAACGCACAGGUUGAGCCAAGUUCAUCAACUGCAGUUAGGUCAGGCCCUUUGCCAUCAGAACUAGCAGGCUCCUUUAGACAACCAGCACCCAAUCUAGCUGGUGCUGUUGAAUUCAAUGACGUGAAGACCUUGCUCAAAGAAUGGAUUACCACUAUAUCAGAUCCAAUGGAGGAAGACAUCUUGCAAGUUGUAAAAUACUGUACUGAUCUAAUAGAAGAAAAGGAUCUAGAAAAAUUGGAUCUGGUCAUAAAGUACAUGAAAAGGUUAAUGCAGCAGUCUGUGGAAUCAGUUUGGAAUAUGGCAUUUGACUUUAUUCUUGACAAUGUUCAGGUGGUUUUACAACAAACUUAUGGAAGCACAUUAAAAGUUACCUAAACUUGUAAUAAGGAGCUUGGUGAGAGAGAGCCUGGAGCUCUCUGCUAGCUGUGCCAUAAGUGCUUGUGAGGUAUUUGCAAAGUGCAUGAUAGUAAUGCUGAGUUUUUAUAAUUUUGAAUUUCUUUUUAAACAGAAGUGUUUUGUACAUUUCUUUUCAAAAAGUGCCAAAUUUGUCAGUAUUGCAUGUAAAUAAUUGUGUCGAUUCUUUUACUGUAGCAUAGACUCUAUUUACAAAAUGUUUGUUUAUAAAGUUUUAUGGAUUUUUACAGUGAAGU